CUGUGCCCUCGUCUCUUGGAAGGGGCCGGUCCGGGCCCGCGUCCCCCGCCCCGGGCCGACGUGCGCGCCACCCGCCGGGGAAGGGCGAGGCUUAAAAGGCGGCGGAGCGCCGGGCGAGACCUCGCAGACUCGGUGGGCGGGGAGCGCACGCUGUCGUCGCCGGGGGCUCGGCUGUCACUGCGCCACGAGCAUCCCGGAUCCUUCCCGGCCCCGCGAUCCCCGCGAUCCCCGAGCCCCAGAGGGCCUCGGUGGGUGAUCUGGCACAAAGCACGAAACGUUUCCAAAAGAAAUAAAAGCCGGGCCGCGCCCCCUUUCUCUCUCUCUCUCUCCCCCGCUUUGUUCCGGGGCUCGUGGCGCGCACUUGGCGAAGAUGCCCUUGGAGCUGACCCAGAGCCGGGUGCAGAAAAUCUGGAUUCCCGUCGAUCACCGCCCCUCGCUGCCCAGAUCAUGCGGGCCCAAGCUGACCAACUCGCCCACUGUCAUCGUCAUGGUGGGCCUCCCGGCUCGGGGCAAGACCUAUAUCUCCAAGAAGCUCACACGCUACCUCAACUGGAUUGGGGUCCCCACAAAAGUGUUCAACGUGGGCGAGUAUCGCCGUGAGGCUGUUAGACAGUUCAGUUCCUACAACUUCUUCCGGCCGGACAACGAGGAGGCCAUGAGAGUGCGGAAGCAGUGCGCACUUGCUGCUCUGAGGGAUGUGAGGAGCUACUUGAUGAAAGAAGGGGGCCAGAUCGCAGUUUUUGAUGCCACCAAUACGACCAGGGACAGGAGACAAAUGAUCCUUCACUUUGCCAAAGAAAAUGAUUUCAAGGUGUUCUUCAUUGAGUCUGUGUGUGAUGACCCCACCGUGGUGGCCUCCAACAUCAUGGAAGUGAAGCUCUCCAGCCCGGACUACCGGGACUGCAGCUCGGCCGAGGCCAUGGACGACUUCAUGAAGAGGAUCGGCUGCUACGAGGCUAGCUACCAGCCCCUGGACCCCGACAAGCACGACAGGGAGCUGUCCUUCAUCCAGGUGAUUGAUGUCGGCCGGCGGUUCCUGGUGAACCGUGUCCAGGACCACAUUCAGAGCCGCAUCGUGUACUACCUGAUGAACAUCCAUGUGCAGCCCCGCACUAUCUAUCUGUGCCGGCACGGCGAGAGCGAGCACAACCUCCAGGGCAAGAUUGGGGGCGAUUCUGGCCUCUCCAGCAGAGGCAGGAAGUUUGCCAGCGCACUGAGCAAGUUUGUGGAGGAGCAGAACCUGAAGGACCUCAAGGUAUGGACGAGCCAGCUGAAGAGCACCAUCCAGACGGCCGAGGCACUGAGGCUGCCCUAUGAGCAGUGGAAGGCGCUCAACGAGAUCGAUGCGGGUGUUUGCGAGGAGAUGACCUACGAGGAGAUUCAGGCCACAUACCCUGAAGAGUAUGCGCUGCGAGAGCAGGACAAGUACUACUACCGAUACCCUACGGGCGAGUCAUACCAGGACCUGGUGCAGAGGCUGGAGCCAGUCAUCAUGGAGCUGGAGCGGCGAGAAAAUGUUCUGGUCAUCUGCCACCAGGCCGUGCUGCGCUGCCUCCUGGCCUACUUUUUGGACAAGAGUGCAGAGGAGAUGCCUUUCCUGAAGUGUCCCCUCCAUACUGUGCUCAAACUCACCCCCGUUGCCUAUGGCUGUCGUGUGGAGUCUGUGUACCUGAACGUGGGGUCGGUGAGCACCCACCGGGACCGUUCAGAGGAUGCAAAGAAGGGGCCUAACCCACUCCUGAGGCGCAAUAGUGUCACCCCGCUAGCCAGCCCUGAGCCCACCAAAAAGCCGCGCAUCGACAGCAUGGGGGAGCCCUCCGCUUCCGCGCCGCCUGCCCUGCCUGUCCGCCUGUCCCCGGAGGGGCCCACGCAGCUGCCUGGCCACCCUUUGCUAGGAAAGGUCUGCCUACGAACUGUCUGUCACAUUUUCUCAAAGUUCUCCCCUUACUGAGGGACAGAGCCUGAAGGAUGCCCAGGGCAGCAGCGACUCCUGGACCCCCUGAGUGGCCCAUCCAGCCCUGCAGCUUAGCUCCUGCUCUUCCUCCUAUGUCGCCUUCGCUCCGUCCACGGGUGGCUGCUACUUCAAUGAUUCCAUGGUCCGAGGGGACCCCUGCCCGCAGCAGCGUCUGUUAGACUGAUCCAGCGCCCUUUCCACCUAUGCCUGUGACCCCCUGAGGCCCCCUAAACCCCAAUCCCACAUCCUGUGUAGCUGAUCCCACCGUUCCCAUGAGGCGGGGGAAGACCAGUGGCUCUGGAGGAGGCAAGGAGACACUGAGAAGGGCCUGUGGCCAUUGAGUCUACAUUGGG